UGUGCAUAGACGAUCUUUGGUUAACCUACCGGAUGUCGGCAGCAGGUACUACAGGAAGUGUGUGCGUCCGUCCCUGCCUGCAGAUUAAAGAGAAGCUAACGGCAUUUAAUUGCAACAUCCCACUCCCUAAUUACAACAAAAGAAAAAUAACAGAUAAUCUGAAAUGAGCACCGCUGUCCCCAACCAUCGAAGGACCAAGCCUGGAGGCAUAAAGCCCGGGGUUGUGACCAGCGGUGUGACUGGACCGACCUCCCAGAUCCCUGGUCUUUCCCAGACCGCUGAUGAAAGCACUCCAGUGGAGAGGAUCAGUGGACGGCGAGUUGGGAUAUUUGAGACAGACUCUGACUACGUCAAGCUCGCAAAGCAGGGAGGACACAAAGGGCUGUUGAGUCAUGAUGUUGAUGCUGAUGAUAAACCAAGGAAACCCUACAAUCCACCCAACUGGUUUGGAGGUGACGAGUCAAAGGGUGGAAGCAAAGCAACGUCUCCCAACAGCCAGAUGAAGUAUGGCAGCCAGCCUCUGGCUGCACCGUUUGGCACUGAUAACGGUUCGCACUGGGAGAGAGAGACUGAUAGUUUUUCCCAUGAUAAAGAUAAGAUGUCUCCUGAUGGUGCUGCCAGUCAGUUGGAGGGUCUGUCCCUAACCCACAAAUACAAGAGAACGUCUUAUGAUAAGAAGGCUCCUCCAGUCAGCAUGUCCAAGCUGCUGAGUCAUGGUUACGUGGAGGACCAGAAGAAGUCUCCUAAUGACGACGAUGCCUCAAGUGUGACCUCAGAACAGACCAGCACCAUUGCGACGGAGGACGUGGACGAUCUGGAGUAGUGCGCACAGGUUAUCAUCUGGAGGGAAAGGGGGGUCGUUCUAACACUGGUUCAUGGUGUCACAAAUCCACGAACACACCACUCCUCCCCUUUCAGAUUCACUUGCAUUUAUUGUACAUCCACUGACUCUUAGGUUUUGUACUCAUGUUUAUGCAAAAGGUACUGUCUUCUCUAUUUAUUUGCUUUAAUUUGUAAAAAGGAUCCACGCGGAUUUUGUUGAGUAGACGUGUCGGUGCUCUCGGUAUUUUUCGUUAUUUCUGUGUCGUCGUUCCUCGAUUUGAAAGACGAGUUGUUGCACGGGGCCGGAAACUAACACUAACUAACUUUUGUGUUUGUCGUUUUACCAGCUAGUUUGAACUCAUGUAGAACUCAAAACAAGAGACAGCCUCAUCUGCUAAAUCUUAAAUUUACCUGCGUUUGGCUGGUGGCUGGUGUUAGUUUCCCUCCCCGGUUGUAUGAAGAUCGAGUUAGUGAAUUUUUAAAAGUGUUCGUGCUAAUGAAUUGUGGUUCCAGUGACGUGAAACAGUAUUUGUUUUGAUCAAGGGCUCCUGCUCUCUGAAGGGAUGUUAGAGGUUUGUGUGUUUUUUGCGGCUGCGGGGGCGGAUAUGAUCAUUCGUUGAGACAGCAACCCUGCAGCUGUGACCACAUGCCAAAGUGCAUACUGAUGGCCACAGCCGCCAUGGUUUGUUUGGUUAAAAGGGGCCAAAAAUGAUUUCGAGGUUGUUGCUCUGCAAAAGGCUUCUUGUGUGUUCCACACACAGUUCUGUUGUUUUGAGUCCAUGAAAUAGAGAAACAUGCAGUCACUUAGCAUCAUUUUACUGUGCAGCCUGCAUUUUUAUGAAGGCUUUUAGUCCAGUCACCAGAAUAAAAGCUUGUUCGGAAGAAAAAUGUCCCACCUAAAAAACUCAAACACUCAAUAAACUAACGUGACAUUCGGUAGUUUCCAGAAGAACAGGUGCUGCAAAUUCAAUUUUCUCAUCACUGCUCAUUAAUUAGGAAGCUCAUCAGUAAAUCAACAGUGCCAAGUGUUUGAUGCCGGUCCAGAUAUGUCAGAAGCUUGCUAAUGAUAGAAGAGAAUUUUGGUGUAUUCUGCAUGUUAAAGCCUUGCAUUCUGCCUCAGCCUAAUAACCUACAACAACAGAUAAAACAUUCGGGGAAAUUGUAGGGAAGAGGCCACCUCCUGCAGAGUGACAACCUCAAAGUCAAUUCCAGUGUAAUUCCCUGUGAAGAUUAAAGCAGACGAGUUUUUAAAAAGUGAGUUCUGAACAUGCCAACCAAGCAGUUUUUCCCUGCUCAUGCAGUGUUUUGACUUAGUAGACACUAGUAGGAAGAAAUUAGUGUUAGUGCACAGCCUGGUCACACCAAACCCUCCAUCUCAUGACAUGGGAGUUUAUUCUGUUCACAUUAGAGAAACGGUUACUGCUGCAUCAUUUUUGCGUAUAAAAAAAAAACUGAGAUGGAAACAAAAAAGAGAGAGAAUUGGUGAUGAUUGCAAACAAAAUUAACGCCAGAUUUAUGUGUUUGUGUGCAUCCCAGAUAAAUGCAAAAGCAAAGGCAGAGAGGAAAUUGGUGUAACAGAUGUUCAGAUCCAAGGCAAAUAGGCUGAAACUACCACAUUGUGGAUUAUAUGUUGUACUUCAGAUGAAAUAUCACAGUAUCAUAAAAAAUCUUUUUAAAAGUCUUAAAAAGCAAAGCAUGCAGUUUGAUUUAGAGUGUAUCUAAAAUGUCUUGCAUUUCAUUUACAGAAGUCUUAAAUAUUUUCUCUGCUGUUUUUUUGAAAUGUUUUGAAGGAGACGCUCUGCACUUGUAAACUUGAACUCAGCCCCUUCUUCAGUAGUUUCAGUCAGCACCAUUAAAAACUGUAGCAAACACUGUCACUGCAGUACAAAGCUCAUUGUCAGUUAAGUUUAAUCCAUUAAUCUGUUUUCUAAUAAUCCAGAUCCAGUUUUCUUUAAUAUAAGUAAUUAUAUUAUUAGGAAUUAUUGUUAAACAAGUGCUGAAAAUGAUGUGAUAUAAAGAUAUGAUAUUGUCCCUUUUGGUUUAUUAUUACACAUUAAUACUUUGCCCAGUAUGAGAGCAAAGGUUCAACCCUUUAACUUUAUUUAAGUUUAAUUUGGAGCGCUGCUGUGUUGCAGAGUGCUCUCAGAGUUGGCCUUAAUGAUCACAAACCACAGCAGCCAAUAGAAACGUCUCCAUGUCUUCCUCUCCUGCUUGCUUAUGUGGUUGCAACAUUAGUCAGACUGUCAGGAUAUCAACCAAAAAAAAAGUAAUGGAUUUCUUUGACGUUUGAUUGACAGUUUGGCCUUGAGCCAUUUAACAGUUAUAAUUUUUUAGCCAUAGCUGUGAACCUGACUGUGACAGUAAAACCCUAAUCCCACAGGAACAUUUGUCUGGUGAAUAAAAUGCUCUCAGAAAUGAAUAGGAUGGGAAUGAUGUAUUUGGGUCUAAGAGCAAGAUUUAAGCUCUGAGUUUGUCCCAAGAAAUCCAACUCAUUAGUCACCUUCAUCUCAAAGUGAUGCAGCAGUAACAGAAUUUAUUAAAAACUCUUACAGGAGAUGUGUCAUGUUCAACACAACUGUCCAGUUGUCACUUUUCUCAACGCAGUAUGUUUAAACAGUGAUGCAUAAUUGAUCUGUUUGUGGUAUAAAAAAAGUGUCAAGUGUUGUUCCAAACUUAGACGCUUUCCUGUGUUUUCGUGACACAGGGUUUUACUUUGCAGUACAAGGAAUGGCGAAUGUAUCAUCUUUUGAUAUUGUUUGCUUCGAAGAACGGGUUUAUUUCUCUGAACUGUUAAAUAUUCAGGUACAGUAUUUACAGUGUUGAGUUUCUUCCUCCUCUCUCUGUGAGUUGGUGGCGUCAUCGGUUCACAAACCAGUAGUGGGAACCUUUAGUGGCUUAACUUUGCAAAGUCCUCCCCUGACGUCUUGUCACGUGUACACCCCCACCCCCGUACCCUGCCGCUUUUUAUCUGCAAGUGGUAUUAGUUCAAAUGUACCAGGGGAAAUUGAAGAAGGCAGCUUUCAAACUGAAGACCCCUCAAAUGUUUGUAGUGAGGAGAAAUCCACCUGACACAACUCAAUGUAAGACCCUGCUUAUCUUGAUGACUGCACACAGACUCUUAACUAUCAUUUAAAUAAAUGGGCAUGUGCAUGUAAA